GGGGCCUUUGGGGCGCUGGGCUCAGUGCCGGCUGUCCCUACGCAGUACGGCCUCCGGGGGCCGCUGUUACUGCUCUCGGGGCACGGGGACACGGGCGUGGCCGCUGGGCACCAGGACGCGCCCCCUCCGCCCCGGCCUUGCAGCCGCGCGUGUCCUCCUGCCCGCCAGGGGGAGCUGUGCGCGCCGCGCGCUUCCGGCGUCCCCUCGCGCUUCCGGCCCUCUACGCUCUCUCUCUCCGCGGCCGCCGCAGCCAUGGGACGCGUGAGGACGAAGACGGUGAAGAAGGCGGCGCGGGUGAUCAUCGAGAAGUACUACACCCGUCUGGGAAACGACUUCCACACCAACAAGCGCGUGUGCGAGGAGAUCGCCAUCAUCCCCAGCAAGAAGCUGCGCAACAAGAUCGCGGGGUAUGUCACCCACCUGAUGAAGCGCAUCCAGCGGGGCCCCGUCCGGGGCAUCUCCAUCAAGCUGCAGGAGGAGGAGAGGGAGCGCCGGGACAACUACGUGCCCGAGGUCUCUGCUCUUGAUCAGGAGAUUAUCGAAGUGGACCCGGACACCAAGGAAAUGCUGAAGCUCCUGGACUUUGGCAGCCUGUCCAACCUGCAGGUCACGCAGCCCACCGUGGGGAUGAACUUCAAAACGCCACGAGGCGCUCUCUGAGCCACUCGUUAUGUUGCUUUUACAAUAAACGUGGGAAACCAA